AAGAUGGAGACGGAGAAAUAGAGAGAGAGAGAGAGAGAGAGAGAGAGAGAGUGAAGCAAAGACCAAAGAGACAUAGACAUAUUCGUUCUUUUCUGCCUCCAUAAUUUCUUUAUUCCGUUUCUUUUUUCCUGUGUCCUACUCUCCUCGACCCGAUCCGACCCUUCUUACGGGUCCGCCAGAGGAAGAACAUAAUCCCACCGUACAAUCUGAAACCUGGGCAGAAGGGGAUUUUCGUAGAUUAGAUGAUUUCAGAGGUUAGAGAUAGAGAAAGGGGGUACUGGGUAUCGUUUUCCGUGUAAAUGGAUAAAAGCUGUCAUUCGUCUGGUGAGUCUACCAUCACCACCAACACCGGCGCCGCAGCUACCAGCAGUAGCAGUAUCAAUAACAGCAGGGAUCAUUACCUGAAACAACUGAAUAAGUUUUCUCACAAGAUCUCCAAAUCCACCACCACCAUCAUUAAGAAACCUCCGUUUGAUCAGCCUCAAAAUCUCAAUAUCAAUACCCAUCAUCAAGUUCAUCAUCACCAUCAAGCUCCACCACCACCGCAACUAGUUCAAGCAUCGGCGUCUGUGUCGCUCCCACCAGCUCAAAAUCAGGGUCCGAGCAAUCUACAGGUGCAGCAGCAGCAGCAGCAGCAGCAUCAGCCGCCGGUCUAUAAUAUUAAUAAGAACGAUUUCAGGGAUGUGGUCCAAAAGCUCACCGGUUCACCGGCUCAUGAGCGGUUCUCUAAUCCGCCGCCGAUUCACCCACCGAAACCGCAGAGCUCUCGCUUGCAGCGGAUCCGACCUCCGCCUCUCGCGCACGUUAGCAACCGCCCGCCUCAGUUGCUAAACUGUGCCAACCCGGUGAUACCGUCCCACGCACCCGGCGCGCUAAACCCUAGUCUCCCAAUUCAUAUGGGCGCCGCCAACGCAACAGCGGGUUUCAUCCAACGGCCACCGGCGCCUCUGUCGCCUCUCCCGCCACUCCCUGCGGUACACGCGGCGGCGGAAUCUCCGGUCUCCGCAUACAUGCGGUAUCUCCAGAGCUCGGUCUCCAACACCGAUUCGAACCCCAAACAAUUCUCGGGAUUCUCGCCACUAGCUCCUCUGGUUUCCCCCCGCUGGAACAGUUCGGCUCCGCCGCAACAACCGCAGCAGCAUCAAAAUACAAUUGCGCCGCAACCGAUGCCACCUUCAACAUCAUCGGGAAUGUUGCCGUUGCAGCCGCAGUUCCAACUGCCUCCCUCACCGUUGCCAUUCGGGUGCCUGAAUUCCCCGAGGUCGCCGUACACUUUACUUUCCCCAAGCCUGCUGUUGUCGCCAUCUUCUGGUCAGCUGGGAUUCCCGCUUUCCCCAACCUUGCCGGUGCCGAGCCCCAGAUGGAGAGGCCUUUGAGUUCAUUUCUCUUUUUAGAUAAGUCUCUUCUUCUGGUAAAAAAGGCUUAGAAUUUAUUCUGUACAUGGAUAGGUUUGGGGUUCUUAUUUAAUUUCCAGUUUUAGAUGAUAAAGAAAAAGAACAAAGAAAGAACGCCAUGAAAAUGGUCUCGUCCUGUUAGUUAGAGUCGUGGUAUUUUAAUGGACAUGUAAAGAAGCGGAUUAUUCCCUUUUCCUUUUGAAUAGUUUGAACAUUGGAGGAGAAGAAAGAUUUUUGGGUUCUUAGAUUACUACAGGGAAUGUUUUUGCUUUCGUUGUUGUUGGUGUAGUUGUUCUCAGUUAUUCUAUUAACUGUGCCAAAACAAGGGUCUGUGAACUCAUGUUCUUUUUUAUAUAAAUAUAUGUCUGUGCCAUUCAUUA